UUCUUGAAGUUGUAGCUUAGUUUCGGUUAUACCAAAGCGAACCUAACUGUAAAUCUUGCUACCCUUUUUUUAGCAUAAUAGCAAGCCUUUUAAAUGACCAAUUCCUUCCCUCAAGUUUGUGCAAUUCGAUCACAAAACAAAAGGUCUCGAGGGGUCUCCUGGAAACCAUGAAUAGGCGGUUCAGGCAAGUUUUCACUGCUCUAAGAGAGCACAGCUGUGUAAGCUAUGCUAAAAUAGCCACGAUUGGAGGGUUUUGCAAUGUUGACCUCAUAAUUGUAAAGGCAACAGCCCCGGAUGAUUUGCCACUGUCUGACAAAUAUGUACAUCAGCUCUUGAAGAUAUUCUCCAUUUCUCCAUCUUGUUACCGUUCCUUUUCACUUAGCUUCGCUCGCCGUUUCGGAAAGACUAGAAGCUGGCGAGUUGCACUAAAAUGCUUACUCCUUCUACAUCGACUGCUUAGAUCAUUGCCUGAAGAUAGCCCCAUUCGAUCAGAAUUGCUAUGGAAUCGAUCAAAUGGUUUGAUCUCUCUAUAUCCUUGUCGUUUCCAGGAUGCUUCCUCCUCCAAUCCUGAGAGUUACACCACGUUUAUCAGAUCAUAUGCACAUUUACUAGAUGAAGCUCUAGGUUGCUUCAUGUUAGAUGAUCAAGUAUUUUCCAAUGAAGACUUGGAAAUGCCUGAAAGUUUACCAGAAAAAAUGAAAGAAAUGGGAAGGAUGCUUGAGAUUUUGCCACAGCUUCAGAGCCUAAUUGAUCGAGUUAUGGAUUGUAGACCAACUGCGAAUGCGGCCAGGAGCAUUUUGAUCCAGUCAGCAAUGAAAUACAUCAUUCGGGACAGCUUCAUUUAUUACUCCAUUUUUAGAAGGGAUGUUGUUUUGGUAUUGGACAAUCUCUUUCAAAUGCCAUACAGGAGUUGCAUAGCAGCUUUUAGGAUAUACAAGAAAGCAGCCCUGCAAGCAAACCAGCUGUGGGAGUUUUAUGACUGGUGUAGACUUAUGGGAUUCUGUGGGUGUUAUGAAUACCCCUUUGUGGAUCGGAUUCCACAGAUACAAAUUCAGGCUCUUGAGACUUUCAUCAAUGGAAUGUGGCAGCUAACUGAGUCAUCAUCACCCACCACAUCACCAUCAUCACCAUUCAUGGAUUCCAGGUCGAGUUCAACAGAAGAUGACAGAGACAAACAGGUGGUUGUUGUCAGUACUCUGAAAGAGAAAUUUGAGCGCAGUUAUUUUCCUGAAAAGUUCGAUAAAGAUGAGGAGAGGGAACCCUUGAUUCUGCUCGAUGAUAGUGAAAACGAUAGCUGGGAGGAUCUAUUUGAGGCUUCAGUGAAUCUCUCUUGUGUUCAGAGAAACAACCUGCUUUUAUACAACAAGGGAUUCAACUAUAGCAAUGAAAGUGAGAAGGAUGAAUGGAAGAUACAAGUGUACAAUCCUAAUGCAUCCAAUCCCUUCUAUCAGCCUUCCAGCAUGCCAAUUUGUUAUGCACAAUAUGCAAGCAGUGACCCAAAAUAUCCAUGGGGACUUUGAUGCACACCAGCCCUUCCAUUUUUAAAAAUUGAGUUGCUUGCAACCAAUAUCAGUUUUAAGCUUUGAUUUCCUUGGUUAAUUUAAAAUAAGGUCAAUCAUUUUUCAGGCCUCAUAUUUGUAGAUAGAUUUUCCUUUUUGGAGUUUUGUUCAGA